AUGAAGGAGAAGAAUACACUCCCCAAUUUUGCUGCCAACUGUAAGCAUUUGAGACCAUCGGCGCCACCGCCGCUGGCCUCACAACCACCACCACAACCUCACUUGGCUGGAGGCAGCGUCCAGGUCCGCUGUGCUGGAUGUCGUAUGAUCUUAACCGUCGGACCAGGAAUCACGGAAUUCGUCUGUCCUUCAUGUAAGAUGCCGCAAAUGCUGCCGCCUGAGCUCAUGAAAAAGGCGGUGGCUCCGUCUCCACCGCCGCAUAACGAUAACAAUAUGUUGCAUAAAAUGACGUCGCCAUCGCAACUUCAAGCGCCGGCUCACGGUGUCGAUCCCACUAAGAUGCAACUGCCUUGUGCUAAUUGUAAGGCUAUUUUGAAUGUUCCUCAUGGUCUGGCUCGGUUUCAGUGCCCUCAGUGUUUUAUCGAUCUCGCUGUUGAUUUGUCGAAGAUUAAACAGCUCUUUACUCCUCCUUCUGCUAUUCCUCCGCCGUCGCGAGCGGUGCUUCCUCUUCCUCCUCUGCCGCGACCAGUUCUUCCUCUUCCCCCCGAAGAAGUCAACGAGGUAGCCAUUGAAGUGGAGAGAGAAGAAGAUGAAGGUGGCACUGUGGGAGAAACUUUUACAGAUUAUCGACCUCCAAAACUAUCUAUUGGACCACCUCAUCCUGAUCCUAUUGUGGAGACUUCUUCCUUGUCUGCAGUGCAACCGCCUGAGCCCACUUAUGAUCUAAAAAUCAAGGAUGAUUUAGAAAGUACAAAGGCUUUGUCUUGCUUGCAGAUUGAGACAUUAGUCUACGCUUGUCAGAGACACCUUCAACACCUUCCAAAUGGUGCCAGGGCUGGAUUCUUUGUUGGAGACGGAGCUGGUGUGGGUAAAGGUAGAACAAUUGCGGGCUUGAUAUGGGAAAAUUGGCGCCAUGCGAGGAGGAAAGCAUUGUGGAUUUCUGUUGGUUCAGACUUGAAGUUCGAUGCAAGAAGAGACUUGGAUGAUGUGGGUGCAGCACAUAUUGAAGUAAAAAGUUCGAUUCUGUUGAUUUUGGCAAUCUGGGUUGGCAUGGUUGAGCUUGUUGGGGUGCAGAGGAAGGUUGAUAAAGAAGCAGUAGAGGACAAGAUACAUGCUUUGAACAAGCUGCCCUAUUCUAAGCUUGAUUCGAAGUCUGUUGGGGUCCGAGAGGGAGUUGUAUUUUUGACAUACAGUAGCCUCAUUGCAUCUUCUGAAAAAGGCCGUUCUCGUCUGCAGCAGCUUGUGCAGUGGUGUGGAUCAGGAUUUGAUGGUCUUCUAAUAUUUGAUGAGUGCCACAAAGCAAAAAAUUUGAUACCUGAAGCUGGAAGUCAACCCACACGGACAGGUGAAGCAGUUCUUGAUAUUCAGGCCCGACUUCCUGAAGCACGUGUUAUCUAUUGCUCAGCGACUGGUGCAUCUGAGCCACGAAAUAUGGGUUAUAUGGUCAGACUUGGUCUUUGGGGAGACGGAACAUGUUUCGAUGCUUUCCAGAAGUUUCUAGGACAUGAGUUAGUUGCUGAACUCUCCCUCCCUUCUCCCCUCUCUCCCUUUCUUAUGCGUGCUCUUGAAAAAGGUGGUGUUGGAGCAUUGGAACUUGUUGCCAUGGACAUGAAAGCAAGGGGAAUGUAUGUAUGUCGUACCCUUAGCUACAAAGGGGCAGAGUUUGAAAUUAUUGAAGCACCUUUAGAACCUGAGAUGAUGGACAUGUACAAAAAAGCCGCAGAAUUUUGGGCGGAGUUGCGAGUGGAGUUGCUGUCAGCAAGUACCUUUCUAACUAAUGACAAACCUAAUUCUAGUCAAUUGUGGAGAGUAUAUUGGUCAAGCCAUCAGCGCUUCUUUAGACACAUGUGCAUGUCAGCUAAGGUGCCUGCUGCUGUAAGAAUAGCUAAGCAAGCAUUGACAGAAGAAAAGUGUGUUGUUAUUGGCCUACAGAGUACUGGGGAGGCUCGAACUGAGGAAGCUAUAUCAAAAUAUGGCUCUGAACUUGAUGAUUUUAUUUCUGGACCUCGAGAGUUGCUGCUGAAAUUUGUGGAAGAAAAUUAUCCGCUGCCAGAAAAACCAGAGCAACAAGGAGAGGAAGGCGUAAAGGAACUUCAACGGAAGAGGCAUUCAGCAACACCUGGUGUUUCAUCGAAAGGGAGAGUUAGGAAAGCUGCGAGAUGGAAACCUGAAAGCGAUGAUGAAUUUGAUGAAGGGUCUGGAACUGAUUCUGGAGGUGAAUCCAAUGGAUCUGAUGAUGAGUUUCAGAUCUGCGAGAUAUGCAAUUCAGAAGAGGGAAGGAAGAAAUUGCUCCAAUGCUCUUGUUGUGGCCAACUGGUCCAUCCUUCAUGUUUAGUGCCACCUGUUACAGAUUUAGUAUCUGCAGAUUGGUCUUGUCAUUCGUGCAAGGAAAAAACAGAAGAAUUUCUUCAACAACAGCAUGCCUAUCUUGUUGAACUUACAAAGAGGUAUGAAACAGCUUUGGAACGCAAAACGAAAAUUUUGGAGAUAAUUCGAUCUUUGGAUCUUCCAAACAAUCCUUUGGAUGAUAUUAUUGAUCAGCUUGGAGGCCCUGAUAAAGUUGCUGAAAUGACUGGGAGGAGAGGCAUGCUUGUAAGGGCCACCAGUGGAAAAGGUGUAACUUAUCUGCCACGAAACUCAAAGGAUGUCACCAUGGAAAUGGUCAACAUGAAUGAGAAGCAGCUUUUCAUGGAUGGUAAGAAAUUUGUUGCCAUCAUUUCCGAAGCAGGAUCAGCUGGUGUGUCUUUACAGGCAGAUAGAAGAGCAAAAAAUCAGAAAAGAAGGGUUCAUUUAACGCUAGAACUUCCUUGGAGUGCUGACCGAGCAAUUCAACAGUUCGGAAGAACACACCGAUCAAAUCAAGCUUCUGCACCCGUGUAUAGGCUAUUAUUUACUAAUCUUGGUGGAGAACGCCGCUUUGCAUCUAUUGUUGCCAAGAGAUUAGAAUCUCUUGGGGCCUUAACACAGGGAGACCGCAGGGCAGGGCUUUCUUUGAGUGCUUACAAUUAUGAUAGUGCGCAUGGGAAAAAGGCUUUGAUGGUGAUGUAUAGAGGGAUUAUGGAACAGGAUACUCUGCCAGUUGUACCUCCAGGAUGUUCAUCUGAAAAGCCAGAGACAGUUCAAGAUUUUAUAACGAAGGCAAAAGCUGCUCUUGUCUCUGUUGGAAUAGUUCGAGACUCUGUUCUUGGUAAUGGGAAAGACUAUGGAAAGUUGUCUGGACGUAUAAUUGAUUCAGACAUGCAUGAUGUCGGGCGUUUCCUUAAUCGGAUCUUGGGACUGCCACCUGAGAUUCAGAACAGAUUGUUUGAUUUGUUCGUCGGUAUCUUAGAUCUUCUUGUUCAGAAUGCCCGCAUUGAAGGGAAUCUUGAUUCUGGGAUUGUUGAUAUGAAAGCUAACAUUAUUGAAUUACAAGGAACUCCCAAGACUGUUCACAUUGAUCAAAUGUCUGGGGCAUCAACUGUUCUGUUUACUUUCACACUGGAUCGUGGAAUCACAUGGGAGUCUGCAAGUACCAUGCUUGAGGAGAAGCAAAAGGAUGGGCUCGGUUCUUCGAAUGAUGGAUUCUAUGAAUCUAAGAGGGAGUGGUUAGGAAGACGUCACUUUAUUUUAGCAUUUGAAAGCUCUGCUUCUGGAAUGUUUAAGAUCGUCAGACCUGCUGUUGGGGAGUCGGUAAGGGAAAUGGCUCUGGCAGAGUUGAAAAACAAAUAUAGAAAAUUGCUGUCGUUAGAGAAGGCCUGCAGUGGUUGGGAGGAUGAAUAUGAAAUUUCAUCUAAACAGUGCAUGCAUGGCCCCAAUUGUAAGCUUGGAAACUUUUGUACAGUUGGCAGAAGACUACAGGAAGUAAAUGUUUUGGGUGGCCUUAUUCUUCCUGUUUGGGGCACUAUUGAAAAAGCCCUUUCUAAGCAGGCACGUCAAAGCCACAAGCGGCUCCGUGUUGUGCGUAUAGAAACUACGACAGAUAACAAGCGAAUUGUUGGGCUCCUUGUCCCAAAUGCAGCUGUGGAAUCUGUACUUCAAGAUUUAGCAUGGGUUCAAGAUAUUGAUGAUUAA